AGAUGAGAUGAACGGGUACGGCCUGCUUUUGGGCCCCAUCCAAAGCCGUCGCCGCAUUCACUUGCGCUGCGCCUCCUCUCUCUUUCCCUGUUUCUUUUGUUGAAUUAUUUUUAAUCGUCAUAUCGUCGGCUCCUCCUCAGCCGACCGGACGCAACUUGUCUCAAAAACUAUCGCUAUAAAUAUACAUUCCGCCCACUCCAGGCCCAACUAUCCGCUUCUCCUCUUUUCUUCCUCGUCUUUUUCAAUGGGCUUCUUCCAGUUAUCCUCUCUUUCCCGUUCCACCGCCAGCAAAUGGCUCGGCCUCGUCACCGCCGUCUGGAUUCAAUCUAUUUCUGGCAACAACUACACUUUCUCCAACUACUCCCGUGCCCUCAAAUCCCUUAUGCAUCUCACCCAGAUCGAGCUCAACAAUCUCUCCGUCGCCAAAGAUGUGGGCAAGGCCUUUGGACUCCUCGCCGGCCUCGCUUCCGACCGUUUUCCUACUUGGGCCAUCCUCCUCAUCGGCUCCCUUGAAGGUCUCCUCGGUUACGGCGUCCAGUGGCUCGUCGUUAGUCAAAGGAUCCAACCACUUCCCUACUGGCAGAUGUGCAUAUUUUUGUGCUUGGGAGGGAAUAGCACGACUUGGAUGAACACGGCAGUGUUAGUGACGUGCAUACGAAAUUUUCGGAAAAACAGAGGGCCGGUUUCUGGCAUUCUGAAAGGAUUUGUUGGGUUAAGCACCGGGAUAUUCACAGAUCUCUGUUCUGCUCUGUUUGCUGACGAUCCCUCUUCCUUCCUCGUUAUGCUCUCCUUAAUUCCCUUCGCCGUCUGCCUCACCGGCAUCUUUUUCCUCCGCGAGUCUCCCCCUGCUUCUACAGCAGCCGAGAACGAAGAAGAAUCCAAGUAUUUCGGCAUACUGAACGGCCUCGCAGUCAUCGUCGCCGUUUAUUUAUUGAUUUUUGGAUUCAUACCCGACCCCAGCACGCUCGUGUCUCGAGUGUUCGCCGGUGGUCUACUAGUUCUGUUGACGUCGCCGUUGGUCAUUCCUUUACAUUCAUACUUCAAAGGCUUGCCGAUUCUGGAUAUUGAAGAAGAGGGGAAGGAACCGUUGCUUCAGAAUGAGGAGAAGGUGAGAGAAGAGGCGGGGCCGGAGGUGGUUGUGAGGAGGAGGAGGAGGCCAGUGGUGGGAGAGGAACACACGAUAGCAGAGGCGCUGAGCACGAUGGAUUUUUGGAUUUUGUUUGUGUCGUUUCUGUGCGGGGUUGGAACGGGUCUGGCGGUGAUGAACAAUAUGGGUCAAAUCGGGUUGGCACUCGGAUACUCCGACGUCUCCAUUUUUGUGGCGCUUACAAGUAUUUGGGGUUUCUUCGGGCGGAUCAUAUCGGGUUCGGUUUCCGAAUACUUCAUCAAGAAAGCGGCAACACCCAGACCUCUAUGGAACGCGGCGUCUCAGAUUCUGAUGGGCGUGGGAUACAUACUCAUGGCCACCGCCGUGCCUGGUUCCCUCUAUGUUGGCUCUAUGGUGGUUGGCAUUUGCUAUGGAGUGCGUCUGGCCGUGACGGUCCCUACGGCUUCUGAACUAUUUGGACUCAAAUACUACGGUCUCAUCUACAACAUCCUCAUCCUCAAUCUUCCCCUCGGAUCUUUCCUCUUCUCCGGCCUCCUCGCCGGCAUAUUAUACGAUAUGGAGGCUACUGCCGUCGCAGGAGGCGGCAACACCUGCGUCGGAGCCCACUGUUACAGGCUUGUCUUCAUAAUCAUGGCCGCCGCAUGCAUUGUUGGGUUCUUGUUGGACAUUUUGUUGUCCUUCAGAACCAAGAAUGUUUACAGAAAGAUUUCAGCCAGCAAGAAUAUUAGAUAGCUGAAGAGUACGAAGAUGGCUCAAGAAUCGUGGGAUUGAUGGGCUUUUUGCUCGGUGAUAUCCUGGUUUCUUCACGCCAAAGUUAGCUUAUUCCUUCAUUGUCCACUUCUCAUGUAUCCUCAGUUGGUUCUAUCGGCAAAAAAAUUAGCCGCAAUAAGUCAGCGUUGUUACUGUUGUUGUCUUGUUGAUGAUGAAUCGUUUUUUUAGUAAUAUUUAAAACAAAAUGCUGUUUCGUGCUGGACACAAGAUCGGAAGUGUGCCUAUAUUUAGCACUGUAAUCUGGGAUUUUGAUUUUCCCUCUGCCUAUAGAGAUUUCCUUGUAUUUAAGACGCCUUAGUCAGAUAAAGUGAGCACAACUUCAUUAGUUCAACCACUCUCUCUUCUCUGCCCCCAACACAAACCCCCCCCC